AUGCUUCGUCUCGAGACCCUCGCUGCCCUCGCCGUCCUCAGCCUGGCCAACGCUCAGUCUACCGUUGGCUUCGGUCCUUACUUCAGUUUGGGUCCUACUCAGAGCUGGAUCCGCGAGGCCACGACCACUCUUGUGCUCCCCGAGGUCCCCAGCCCCGUCGCGGACCGUCUCGCCUUGUGGCCCGGCAUGGGCACCAGCGGCGGUGAUCUGAUUCAGGCGCUUGCUGUCACUUUCUCCGACCCCGAUGCCAACUGUGGUGGCACCUCCGGCCAGUGGUGCAUCUGGGCCAGCACGCUCGAGGGAACGCAGCUUGGCGGCACCCAAGUUCCGGCCAAUGCCGGUGACAAGGUGACCAUGGAAUACAAGUACAACGAUUCCACCGCCAAGUACGACCAGACCGUCUCCCUCAACGGCAAGGUGGUCUCGACUCUGUCGACCAGCUCCGGCCAAGCCCAGGGCUGGGGCACCGCCGUCGAAUGCCAGGACGACGCCUGCAAGGGCACUGCUCGCGCUCACCGUAACUUCCCUCAGCCCGUUAUUUCCAAUUUCCGGAAGAAAUCUAACCCGGGUGCAGAGUACAUCGAUACCACGAUCGUUCUGAACGCCGCGGACAGCACCUUCGCCGGCACCCUUGCCACCAACGAGAUCACCUCCACCGGCCUCAAAACCUCCGACUCCAAGACCUUCACCGUCGAGACCAUCAACGUCCAGGCCCACACCUAUGACCUUUAA